AAGCAACAUGGCGGCACAGUGCUGAGGUAGCACAGCUGAAUAACCCAGUGAGAUAGUCGUCUGCCCGGUUUUGUUUGCAAAUUUGACGCCGACAUAAAAGAGGGGACUUCCGACAAUGACGGUUUGACGAAGAGGCUAUAGCCGUGCGAGAGAUGCUACAACAACACCGUCCAGAACGACAACUGCAGACGGAAAGUACUAAAACGAAGAGCAUGUUUCUGUCCAGGGCGCUUGAGAAAAUCCUCGCGGAUAAGGAGGUGAAGCGGACCCAGCACAGCCAGCUGCGUAAAGCCUGUCAGGUAGCACUUGAUGAAAUCAAAACUGAACUGGAAAAACAAAAAGAUGGCACUGUGGUCGCCCCCAGGGCCAACUACAUUGAGGCGGAUAAGUAUGUGCUGCCCUUUGAGCUGGCCUGUCAGUCCAAGUCACCCCGCAUCGUCAGCACCUCGCUGGACUGUUUACAGAAGCUGAUUGCCUAUGGCCACAUCACGGGCAAUGCACCGGACAGCUCUGUUCCAGGCAAGCGGCUGAUCGAUCGCCUGGUGGAGACCGUCUGUAACUGCUUCCAAGGCCCGCAGACGGAUGAGGGGGUGCAGCUGCAGAUCAUCAAAGCUCUCUUAACGGCAGUGACAUCGCCCCACAUCGAGAUCCAUGAGGGCACGGUGCUGCUGACGGUCCGUACCUGUUACAACAUCUACCUGGCCAGCCGCAACCUGAUCAACCAGACCACCGCCAAGGCCACCCUCACCCAGAUGCUCAAUGUCAUCUUCACUCGCAUGGAGACGCAGGCAGCACUGGAGGCUCGGGAGCAGGAGAAGGAGCGACACCGACUGCAGCAGCCGUCCCCCCUCCCCGGGCGGGUGUCAGCCUCCCCCCAGAGCCAAAACGGGUCCCUGUCCCCCGCUGCCAGCAUUCCCGAGGCCAGCCCCUCCCCUGCCACCCCGGGGGACACCCCAGGGGACAUGCCUUCUGUCAACGGGCGGUCAGAGGAGGGCGGGGCUCAGGAUGAGGGAGACGUACAGGAACCAAUCCAAGACGCCCCACCCCUUCCAGAUGUUCCUGUUGGUCCAGAUGUUCCCGUCGUCCCAGAUGUCCCUGUAGGUCCAGAUGUGGUGGAAUCAGAACAAGAUGGGCAGGUGGCCCAACCUGCUGUGGAGGAGCAGGAGGGCGGGGCAAAGGUGGAGGUAGAGGGGCAAGGGGAGAAGGAACCUGACCCUGAGGAACUGGAGGUUAAGGAGCAGCCAGAACCAGAGACUGGACAAGAACCAGAACCACAGCCCCAUGCUGAGAGUGAGCACCCUGAGACUGCCCCCCCUCCUGGCAAAGCAGCCAUCCAGCAGGUCAACGGCAUUGUGGAGGACCGCACCUCCGAAUCCUCUACAGACAUCCUGGACGCAGACGCCAUGCAGGGAGGCCCUGCAGCCCGCUUCUCCCACAUCCUGCAGAAGGACGCCUUCCUGGUCUUCCGCUCGCUCUGUAAGCUCUCCAUGAAGCCCCUCGCAGACGGGCCUCCGGACCCCAAGUCGCAUGAGCUGCGGUCCAAGGUGGUGUCCCUGCAGCUGCUGCUGUCAGUCCUCCAGGGUGCCGGGCCCGUCUUCCGCACCCACGAGAUGUUCGUCAACGCCAUCAAGCAAUACCUGUGCGUGGCCCUGUCCAAGAACGGGGUCUCCUCUGUGCCCGAUGUCUUCGAGCUCUCGCUCGCCAUCUUCCUCACCCUGCUGUCCCACUUCAAGGUCCAUCUCAAGAUGCAGAUUGAGGUGUUCUUCAGGGAAAUAUUCCUUACAAUCUUGGAGACGUCCUCCAGUUCCUUUGAACACAAGUGGAUGGUGAUCCAGACACUCACCCGAAUCUGUGCAGAUGCUCAGUGUGUUGUGGACAUCUACGUCAACUACGACUGUGACCUCAAUGCAGCCAAUAUCUUUGAGAGGCUGGUUAAUGACCUGUCCAAGAUUGCCCAAGGAAGGAGUGGCCAGGAGCUGGGCAUGACACCCCUGCAGGAGCUGAGCUUGCGAAAGAAAGGUCUGGAAUGCCUUGUGUCAAUCCUGAAAUGCAUGGUGGAGUGGAGCAAAGACCUUUAUGUCAACCCCAAUCUACAGGCCAACCUUGGUCAGGAGAGGCCGGCGGAGGUGGAGGGCAUGGAGGGGAGGCUGUCGGACCACCUGGCCUCCCGCAGGGACAGUGCCAGCUCCCUGGACUCCACCGUGUCCUCAGGGUACCAGACCUCCCAGCCUGACCACCCGGAGCAGUACGAGGUCAUCAAGCAGCAGAAGGAGAUCAUCGAGCACGGCAUCGUGCUAUUUAACAAGAAACCAAAGCGGGGCGUUCAGUACCUGCAGGAGCAGGGCAUGCUGGGAGUCUCGGCAGAAGACAUUGCCCAGUUCCUGCAUCAGGAGGAACGACUCGACACGACGCAGGUCGGUGAGUUUCUGGGGGAGAAUGUCCGCUUCAACAAGGAGGUCAUGUACUGCUACGUGGACCAGCUGGAUUUCUGUGGGCGGGACUUUGUGUCCGCCCUCCGGGCGUUCCUGGAGGGCUUCCGGCUGCCAGGCGAAGCGCAGAAGAUUGACAGGCUCAUGGAGAAGUUCGCUGCCAGAUACCUGGAGUGUAACCAAGGAGAGACGCUCUUCGCCAGCGCAGACACGGCCUACGUACUGGCCUACUCCAUCAUCAUGCUCACCACAGACCUGCACAGCCCUCAGGUGAAGAACAAAAUGACGAAGGAGCAGUACAUCAAAAUGAACCACGGGAUCAACGACAGCAAGGACCUGCCGGAGGAGUACCUGUCCUCCAUCUAUGACGAGAUCGCAGGCAAGAAGAUCGCCAUGAAGGAGAGCAAGGAGCACUCCAUCACGCCCAAGUCCAGCAAGCAGAGUGUGGCCAGUGAGAAGCAGAGACGCCUGCUCUACAACGUGGAGAUGGAGCAGAUGGCCAAGACGGCCAAGGCCCUGAUGGAGGCUGUGAGCCACGCCCAGGCGCCCUUCUUCAGCGCCACCCACCUGGAGCACGUGCGGCCCAUGUUUAAGCUGGCCUGGACACCCUUACUGGCAGCCUUCAGCGUGGGUCUGCAGGACUGUGACGACCAGGAGGUGGCCUCUCUGUGUCUGGAGGGCAUUCGCUGUGCUAUCAGGAUCGCCUGCAUCUUCAGCAUGCAGCUGGAAAGGGAUGCAUAUAUCCAGGCUCUGGCGCGCUUCACCCUGCUGACUGCCAGCUCCAGCAUUACGGAGAUGAAGCAGAAGAACAUUGACACCAUUAAGACCCUCAUCACAGUGGCCCACACCGAUGGCAACUACCUGGGAAACUCCUGGCACGAGAUUCUGCGGUGUAUCAGCCAGCUGGAGCUGGCACAGCUGAUUGGGACAGGGGUGAAGACGCGCUACAUCUCCGGGGUGGGGCGGGACAGGGAGUCUGGGAUCAAGGGCUUCCCCACAGGGGGAGAGGAGUUUAUGCCACUGGGCCUAGGUACUUUGGUGGGGGGGCCAGACAGGAAGCAGAUGGCCCAUAUCCAGGAGUCUGUUGGAGAGACGAGCUCUCAGAGCGUGGUGGUGGCAGUGGACAGAAUCUUCACUGGUUCCACCCGGCUGGACGGGAAUGCAAUAGUUGACUUUGUGCGCUGGUUGUGUGCGGUGUCGAUGGACGAGCUGGCUUCUCCACACCAGCCACGCAUGUUCAGCCUGCAGAAGAUAGUGGAGAUCUCCUACUACAACAUGAACCGUAUCCGCCUGCAGUGGUCCCGAAUCUGGCAGGUUAUUGGAGACCACUUCAACAAGGUGGGCUGUAACCCCAACAAGGACGUGGCCAUCUUUGCAGUGGACUCCCUGCGGCAGCUGUCUAUGAAGUUUCUGGAAAAAGGAGAGCUGGCAAACUUCCGCUUCCAGAAGGACUUCCUACGGCCAUUUGAGCACAUCAUGAAGAAGAACAGGUCACCCACAAUCAGGGAUAUGGUGAUCCGCUGUGUGGCUCAGAUGGUGAACUCCCAGGCAGCCAACAUCCGCUCCGGCUGGAAGAACAUCUUCUCUGUGUUUCACCAGGCUGCCUCCGACCUGGAGGAGCCCAUCGUGGAGCUGGCCUUCCAGACCACAGGACACAUCGUCAUGAACACCUUCCAGGCACAUUUUGCAGCUGCCAUUGACUCCUUCCAGGAUGCGGUGAAGUGCCUGUCUGAGUUUGUGUGCAAUGCUGCAUUCCCUGACACCAGCAUGGAGGCCAUUAGACUCAUACGCCACUGCGCCAAAUAUGUGUCCGAACGACCACAGGCCCUGAGGGAAUACACGAGUGAUGACAUGAACGUGGCCCCGGGGGAUCGGGUGUGGGUUCGAGGCUGGUUCCCCAUCCUCUUUGAGCUGUCCUGCAUCAUCAACCGCUGCAAGCUCGAUGUGCGCACUAGGGGUCUUACGGUGAUGUUCGAGAUCAUGAAGAGCUACGGACACACGUUUGAGAAGCACUGGUGGCAUGACUUGUUCCGCAUCAUCUUUCGCAUCUUCGACAACAUGAAGCUUCCCGAGCAGCAGACUGAGAAAACGGAGUGGAUGACCACGACCUGCAACCAUGCGCUGUACGCCAUCUGUGACGUCUUCACUCAGUUCUACGAGCCCCUCAGUGAGGUCCUGCUGGCUGACCUCUUCACUCAGCUGCAGUGGUGUGUCCGACAAGAUAAUGAACAGCUGGCUCGGUCAGGGACCAACUGCCUGGAGAACCUGGUGAUUCUGAAUGGGGAGAAGUUCAGCCCGGACGUCUGGGACAUCACCUGCUCCUGCAUGCUGGAGAUAUUCCAGAACACCAGCCCACAUGCCCUGCUGACGUGGCGGCCGGCCAGCCAGGAGGAGGAGACCGGAGACAGUAAACACAUGGAUGUGGAGAUGGACUCCCAGUCUCAGAGCAGCUUUGAGAAGACCUUGUCUGAGCGAGGGCAGAGUCAGAUGUCCAACGCCAGCGAUGAGGCCUGGAGAGGGAAGUCUUACGCUAAAAUUUCAGACCAGAAGCUGUUUGCCUGCCUGCUGAUAAAAUGCGUGGUGCAGCUGGAGCUGAUCCAGACCAUCGACAACAUUGUGUUCUACCCGGCAACCAGCAAGAAGGAGGACGCGGACAACAUGGCUGCUGCCCAGAGGGACAUGCUAGAGGAGGCGGGGGGAGAGACGGGCGCCGCUGUGGGCGGAGCAGGAGAGCAGGGCAUGUACAAGCACCUGUCCCCUCCUCACCUCUUCAAGCUGCUGGACUGCCUGCUGGAGUCUCACGCCUUCGCCCGCGACUUCAACUCCAACAACGAGCAGCGGACUGCCCUGUGGAGAGCAGGGUUCAAGGGGAAGUCAAAGCCCAACCUUCUGAAACAGGAGACGAGCAGCCUGGCCUGCUGCCUGAGAAUCCUGUUCCGCAUGUACUCCGACCAGCAGCUGCAGGCCUCCUGGCCCGACAUCCAGACCCGCCUGCUGCUGGUGUGCAGUGAGGCCUUGGCCUAUUUUAUCAGCCUGACCUCUGAGAGUCACCGCGAGGCCUGGACCAGCCUCCUCCUGCUGCUGCUCACCAAGACCCUCCGGCUCCCCGACACCAAGUUCAAGCCCCACGCCUCCUGUUACUACCCCCACCUGUGUGAGAUGAUGCAGUUUGACCUGAUCCCUGAGCUCCGCGCCGUGCUGCGCCACUUCUUCCUGCGCAUCGGCUCCGUCUUCCACAUCGCCGCCCCCGAGGCCUGCCAGCCCCGGCCCGGGGGCACCUAGGGCCCGCGGGGCCACGGGGCUCGGAGGAGGAGCGGAGAGCACAACACUUCCCCGUUUGGGACUCUGCACGGACUCUACUGGACCGGAAGUGCGCCUGAGCCCUCCUUGUGUAGACUAAACUGUAGCCACUGGUGUCCUGGGAUCAGCAAUGCCUUCGUCCGUCUGUCUGUCUGUCUGUCUGUCUGUCUGUCGGCCUGAAGUGUUUCUCUGCACCCCCCCCAACCCCAGACGCAAAAAACACUGUGAUGGACAGGGCUACAGGCCGGCCGCUUCUUCACACUUGCAUUCAAGUGAGACGUGAAACUGUAAUUUAUUACUGGUAAUGUUAUAUCCGGUUUGUUUUUUCAUUGAUUUUUCUUUUUUGUUCUUAAGGAUGAACAAAAAACGUUUACGGAGAUGUGAAACAAGAAGUUAAACAAAUUUAAAACUCUUUAAAAUUGUCUAUACUGGAGCUUUUUUAUUGCCCGUCAAGUUAAAGCUUAGCAGAGCUUGAUCUCUAAACCCACACCUAUUGUGCCCUGAACUGUGGGCAGUGGAGUCCCGCUCCCCGCCUUUGUCUGAACAGGACUGGCUGAGCCGGGGUUAGCACUCUAAAGUGCUGUCAAAUGUGAGGAAAAGCGCAGUACAAAUGCAGUCUAUUGUUUUCAUUGUUAUAUUAGCAGUGGGACCCCUCAUAUUGAACUCCGUUAUUUUUUGCCCCCCGGCCAUGUUGGAACCCACACUGUGCUGUAGCCCACAUCCCACCACAUGCAAGCAAGGUUCCUGCCAUUACAGGGACACGGGUGCGUUGCCCUGUGGUGGCAUGUCGUCACAACAGUCGUCGUUGCAACAAAGCAAGGCAUACUUUGAGAACAAGAGUGUUAAGUGUAAACACUAUGAAAUGGUAUACUGUCUGUUUCCGUUCAUGCUCCAGAGAUUUGGUUGCCUGGUAGUGGUCAGUGCUCUCAUGUCAGCAAGAAGGCUGCCUCUCUCAUGCUCCACUACUCCUGAUGUUUCUCCAUAGUCGUGUUUCCCUUGUAGGACUUGAGGUCCUAUAAACAGCUUCACACCCAGCUCCUCCAUAGAGGGGACUUGCAGGUGAUCAGAUUCUGUGGUCUGUUGGUUCCAGCCUUUGCCCAUGCUCCAGGAGCCCCAUGUAUGAUUGACACACGUAGACUACAGGACGGGUGUCUCGGUUCGGUCUGCCCAUCCAGUGCCUGUUUGAAGAGAAAGAGUGGGCCAGUUUGGUGGGUUAGGAUUGACUGGAUGUGAGGAUGAGGGAAGAGUGGUGCAUGUUCUUCUCUUUUCCCUGUUAACAGUUUGAUGGCUGUGUAGUUCUAGCCCCAGUGAUUCUGUACAUUCAGGUGUGAAAUGUACAAAUUAAAUGCUCCUCGAAAAGAACAGGCCCAGAUCUCGGGCUACAAUGUCUGUAAGAAGGCAUCUGGCUUUCGGCUAGAUUAUUUAUUUUUUCUACCCACAGCAGUCCCUGCUGUUUUUCUCAUUGUAUUAUUCCAUUGUAUGUUGUAUUAAAUUGGAAAAGGAGUGCAUUAGCCAUGCACUGCAUUCUCACGACUCAAGUGACUCAAAAUAACAUUAGUGGUUCCUGAUUGCUGUAAAAGUGGUAUGCCGGAAAAAAGAAUGGCCACACUCACCCUCGAGCCCUGUGUAUUAUCUACAGUAAUAUGACAUGAAGCAUUGUUUUUACAAACAAGGAUGUAUGUAAUUCUAUGAAGUGCAUUAAUAUUUUUUGAAAAGCAUUCCUUUCCUUGCAACUGUGGAUGUCUUUUUUUCUUUAAGAAAAAAUGGUAUAUAUAAAUACAGUAUAUGAAGAAAAAAAAACUGUAAAAAAUUAAUGUAAUAUAUAGAGAUACUAUACUAUGUACACAAAAUGUGAUGUAAUCUUACAAUGAUUUGGUCAAGUAAUCAAUAAAGUUGAAAUUCUGA